UAAAAACUGCGAGGAUUAAUACAGGUUGAUAGACUUCAUAUAUAUAACAUAUAGGUUAACACUAGCUCAUCACAAAUAUAUUGAAUUUUAGAUAGAGCAGACGUUCGAAGCUCACAUCUAAAAACCUCUAUUGAUGCAGAGACGUCCACUCACUCGCAUAGAACUUGGAUUGCAAGACUUGAUGGAAUUUAAAAACUUCAUUGAUACUCAGUCUAAUGGAGACUGUGAAAAAGGUAGCAAAAGUACGAAGGAUUCUUUUGAAAAGGUACAACUUCGAGAAGCUGAAAGACGCAGAAAAAAUGCGCGCCAUCGGAUUGGUCUACCUCCAGAUUAUUAAGAGAUUUGAAGACUUAGUGUAUAUAUGCUUCUGUGAACCACUAUAAUCAAUGUUCAAUUUCAACCUUUUUUUCGCUGGAACUACAUGUUUGUCGUUUGAAACUUCACGAAUAAUCGGUAAUUUAAAUAAAAUCGCCUGCUAACAAUCUGCGAAGUGUUUUGCAACGUUUAGUCGAAUUUUUCGGAAGACAAUUUGACAGAUACUACCUCAGAAAUUUCAACAAAAUUAUCAUAUUUUCUACAAUAAAUCUCAAGUCCUAAAGUGUCACAAAAAUAAUCCACAGCACAGCGCACCUCUGGUUCAUUUCUAGAAUGAGGACUAUAUCCUAGGUUUAGAAUGAAUUGAAUUAUCUAGGAUGUCAUGUCAUACUGAAAGUCUUCUUUCGCCUAUUUCGGGAAAGGGUGUAGAUAAUGUACGCGAAAAUUAUUUCGCCACAGGUUGGUUUUAAGGUGCUUGUAAAAUAUUGACCGGAUCAGACUACACAAAUUAUCUAGACCAAAUACAACAGGUUGGAUUUUGUUCAGGCCAUCACAUCUCACUCUUUCUCAAAACGAUUAUGUAUCGUCACACGUAUCGCAUUCCUAAUAUCAGAAUCGCAGUCAAUUUAUUGAACAGAACUGUACUUUACAUUUAUACAUUAGAGAGGAAUAUAAUCGAGGCGGUCAUCUUAGAUCUUUUCACAGCUAUCCUAUUAGAGUGAUAACGUACAAUUAUCUUUAAAUUCUAGUCUAUAAUAUGAGUGCGUUUGAAUGAGGCUAACCAAUCUUGCUAAUUUUUCUGUAGCCUUAUAAAUGAUGACAUUUCCCAAACAGCUUUGAAUAGAGUACGUGAUUAAAAAACAUAUUUACUUCUCGGAAUGUAAAUUAGUCGAUCGAUGGUCAGCGUUUCUGAUUAAUGACGAGUACUCUUGACCCUCAAAGCGCAAAAUAUAUCACAAGUGGGAUUUAAGGUUUGUGUAUUUAGUGAGAUUUGUGUCGUUGUCGAGCAGCAGCGAUAUACUUUCUUUUGCUAAUUUUGGUUCAAUUGAGGUGAAUAGUGUUGUUACAUCGAAGGAUAUCAUCAGUUCGUCGUUGUUGAUUUGAAUGUCCUUAAUUUGGUCCAGGAAUUGUGUGGGGGAUUUGAUGGAGUGGUUGGCUGAAUCUACUAAAUAUCUCAAUCAACUGCCCACUUAGGGUUUGUCCAUAAACUCAUAUUCGCUGGUGAACUGCUAGAAAUGUUCAGGAUACUCAUGUGCCGGAAUACUGAUGUUUUCGGAGACAAAAAUCUCAUAUAGCUAAAGGGACCCAUAUUUAGCGCUGUCACGACAUUAUAUUAGUUGUUUAAGCGUUAGUGUAGUAACAGUUAUCCUCUACUCUGUCGAGCCUGGCGUCUUUAAUCUUAAAACUUGGAACGACUCUGUAUUAGGUCAUUGUUUUCGGUGACUCAGUGUUGUGACUAAUUUCAAUAUGCAUCGAUAUGUGGCUAAUCAUAUCGGUAAUCACUGUCCAUUCAUUGAUAGCAUCUUUGAUAACCAACUUCAGAUAGUUUCCGAAACCAACUGGUUCUUCUCGGAUUUCUGUUGAAGUUUGGUGAAACAUAAUACCCGUACUUAUACAGUACAUAAGAUAAUUUGCUAAGGGAUUUUAGAAUUAAAAUGUCCUUUAUUUCUAAAUGAAUGCUUAACCGGGUCUCUAUAAAUAGCAAAAAAGGCAACUGGUAGACUAAUGGGUAUUACUAAGUGAAUUUACGGCUAAGAAACAACUAAAAUAUGAUGAAUUUUUGGUUAUGCAUGAGGUUCGAGUUUUGGCUUAUCCAUGAUUUUAAUUACGAAGAAAUUCAACAGACGGUAAUAUGACAGUUGUUAAGGUAAAUACCAUAGUUAGAAAGACGAUCGAAAAGAUCAUGGAGCUCAGUGAAUUAAGCCAUGAUCAUAUAUGACUUAAAAUAGAAGUCUGUGGCAAUCCUGCUGUAAUUUGCUGAUACUGCCUUCAGAAUAGUGCGUUAAACUUUUUAAACUGAGUAAAACCUUUCUUGGCUGUAUUUUUAGUUAAGCUAUAUCUUAAAUGCUAUUUCUGUUCAUUUCAUCAUUGGUCCUGCCAUUCUUUUCCCUUUAACUUCUUGAUAUCGUUUUCUUUAUCUGGGUCAGUUUUCGGUGCUUAAUUGCGCCAGAAUUUGUGUAAACUAAACAAAAGAUUGAUCUCACUUUUAACAAUGUUCAUACAUACAUGUUAAGGUAAAACUUAAGCUUAUUCAGCUUAAACAAUCGACAACCUGAUAGCCUAUCCAAUAUUAGCUGUGCUCAAUAAAUUAGUACAUAAACCUAUAUGAAAUUACACUUACAGAUGCGACUAAAUGAAUUGAAUAAAUUGGAAUAACUAAUUCACCAGUAAGUGGUAGUGCGAUGAUGCACUAUUCAGUACAAACUACUCGAUUGGUAGAACAAAAGGAUGGUACUUUUUCGAAUAUCAUUGACCAUCUGUAAAAUUAGUGGGUUUAUGCCCUCAAUGUUUAUCAGAAAUUUACAAUUUUAUUUAUAAGUGCACCACCCAUAUAAUUUUACUCAUUUCAUAUUUCCAACUGACCUAAACUGAUCGUAAAUUGGGCGAAAUUCAGUAGCGUACUUGUUUUCAUCAUCAAAAUUGUAAAUAGGUUUAAUACCACACAACUUCUCAUUAAGACGCAAGAUUUAUUAUUUAUUUAUUUGGACACAUGAAUAUUGGUACAAGAGAGCGCCAAUAUAUAUGCGCCACACAAAACAAUGAAAAUUCGAGAGAAUA